CGUUUGUAAAUAAUUAUGUUCUUCAAAUAUCAGAUACUAUAACGAUGUUGAUGUAUAAGACGUUCAGUAGGACAGUUAUAGUUCCAUAUUACUUCAGCAGAUUGUAGUUCGCAUCACAGUAGUAAAUACGUCUUCAAGAAGUUCAGAGAAUACUGUAUUGUAAACGGUUAAAGAUGUUUCCACUGAUACUUUUCAAUAUAGUAUUCACAUUUAAUCGCUAUAUAUUAGCAGAAAUACAGCCAGCAAUAGAUGAUGAUGGAGUCAACGAGCCAUUCCAAGGACUAAUGACAUUUUCUCCAAUGUUAGAUAAGAAAAUUAAUGACACUUUCACGAUAUUGAACGAUCUAGCAAAUUAUAAAAGGGCCAUUAAUCAGGUCUCCGAGUAUUUUUCAUCUACUGAUAAAGAUGACAGAAAUAUAGUGGCGAAAGUCAAUAAAUUGAAUUCAGUUGAAGGAUUAAGAGCAAUAUCAGGAAGUGAAGAUGAUGGAUUACAAUUGUUUAAUAAAGACUUAAUUAAGAGGAGUGCAGCUUAUGGAAUCGGUGACAGGAAAAGGAAUAUUCCAAAGAAGAAACAGAAAAAAAUUAAAAUCUUGGGACGUUUGUUAAUUAAAAAUAACAAUGAUGAAGCUACUCAGGACGAUUGUGACGAAGAGGAUGAAGACGCGAAUGGGGAGGAUUCUCAAAACGAUGAUAAUCCAAAUAUCAUGGAGUUAAUCGCUUUUAAGCCCCGACGUAAAUCGAAUACGAACCGUACUCGUAAAGUAAAAUUUAAUUGAAAAUGACAAAUGUUAAUGACUUUAUCUAUUUGUAAAGUAUGAUGAAAAUACUCGUGGUUUAUAAAUUAUACAACUUCCAAUUUAAAAUAAACACGCAAAUAGAUAGUGCAAUGUA